GCCAUACUAUGCCAGCAUCAGCAUCAUGAACAACAACGACUUUAAUGGCCAUAGCAACAACAAAGUAACACUCAACUUGUUUCGUCGUCUUCACUUUUUAUUCAAGGAUCAGUCCGAAGUGAGUUAAAGAGCCGGUGACAUCGUGACGUGGUGUGAAGAAAUUGUGUACGGAAUAGUGCCGAGGAGUCAACUUACUGCUUCUCGAAUCUCAUCCUUUUGUGGACCCUCGUCUUUUUCUCCGCAUUGUAGUGCUCGAGGUAGUUCUUCGGACAAUAUGACUUUUGGAAAUUGCCGCGUCGUCCUUAAAUUAUUCCUAGUCAUCAUAUGUGCAAAGUUAUCACAUCAAACACCGGCCAUUACGGCAAUUUCUCCAGAACAAAUAAGAGAUAUCGGGUCAUCAGUAACACUGAACUGCACUAUUGAAAAUGCCAGCAGGUAUGCAGUCUCUUGGGCAAAGCGACAUCGCGACCAACCAUCGGAUAGUGUGGCUUUAACAUUCCGCACCCAGUUGACCAUCAACGAUCCACGCUUCGAAGUCAAUGAAACAAUGAAUGGAACUACGAUGAUAUACUCGCUAACUAUAAAUAAAAUUGAAGCCACCGAUAUGGGAACGUACGAAUGUCAAGUCAUCAUAUCCUUCCAGCAGAAAAACACCUCCACUGUGAAUCUGCUCGUUAAACAUCCUCCAGUUAUCUCGCUAUCAGAGACUACAACAAGUGUGAACGUUGCCGAGGGGCUUCCGACCCAGCUUUCCUGUGCGGCAAGUGGAUAUCCGCUGCCAACCAUCAGUUGGACUCGGGAAUACAAUGCCAUCAUGCCUCACGGAGGACACAGCUAUAGAGGAAAAGUUCUUAAACUCGACAAAGCUCAUCGCGAGGACCGAGGCACAUAUUAUUGUAUUGCAGACAAUGGUGUCGGCAAGCCGGAUAAGAAGAUGGUUUCAUUAGAGGUGGAAUUCCCUCCCAGGAUUACAGCUCCCAGACCGAAAGUUGCACAGGCAAUUGAUUAUGACGUCGAGUUGGAGUGCAAAGUGGAAGCGUAUCCUGCACCAGCCAUAGUUUGGUACCGAAAUGGCGCGACGUUAACGAGCAAUAGUCAUUACAGAAUAACUAAUAUAGCGACUGCAUUCGAGAUUACUAAUUCCGUGGUUCGAGUAAUUACCAUCGAUAAGGAUAGCUACGGAGACUACUACUGUAAUGCGACGAACAAAAUGGGUCACGACGUAGCUAGAAUUAAUUUGUUCGAAACGAAAUCGCCCGACAUCAACUUCUCGGGAUUAAUAUGGAUUAAAAACGGUUCACCACGUUCUACGUUCGAUAAACGAUUACUCGCAUUAAUUGCAAUAAUUUUCAGAUUAAUUUUAUUGAUAACAAUAUAAAACUUUCUUUGUCAUUUUAUACUUUACCGGAGUGAAUUAUACGAAUACUAAAAUGUAAGAAGAUAAGAAUAAAAUGGUUAGGUUAAGCCAAAAUCAUAUCUACACGUUGUUGAUGGUAAGAUUCUCACAAAGUUUAAGAAUGAAUGUUGUAAUGGAGGAAAAAUAUGAUAUAAACGCAAACGAAAAAUCGGCAUGUUAUGAAAUUGUGACCAUUAGAAAAGCGCAAGCAUUUUUUACGAACUUAAUGUUAAGUAUGCCUAAUUGUAAGAUUUUAUGGAAAUCAUUUUACCAAACAAAUUGAGAUUUUUGAAUAUCAUGUUUUGAAAUUUAUUAUGAACUCUUUUGAUAUUUGAGAAAAUUUAUUAAAAUAUACUACUAAAUUGCGA